UUCACAAUCUAAUGAGUUAUACAAAAAGUUAUAUCUGAUAUUUACAUACGGAUUUUAUAAUCAGAUUUCUCAUGCUAUAAAACAAUACAUCAAACUUGGCUAUAAACUUGAAUCAGGAAAUGAUAUAAAGGCUGCUAUAAGUAAUAUUGCUGGCACAAGAGUUGCUAAUAUAAUGCUGAAUAGAGAUUUUGUAGAUGAUGAUAAUAUUAGAAGUAUUUAUGCACGAGCUUUGCCAGGGAUUAGAAAUUGGAAAGUAUGGUCUUCUACUCAAAUAGAAAAAAUUGCGAAAAAGAGAAAACUUGAAAAACUGAAUCCAAUAUAUACUUCGCAUUCAUAUUCAUGUAAAGCAUGGAUGACUCCUAUCGUUGGUAGACAAGGUAUAAAUAAUAUUGCAAAGUUUAUUUUUAUUUGUGAAAGGUCUUUUAAUAUUGCUUUAUUAGAAAUGUUACCUGUAGCAUGUAAAAAUGAAAACUUA